GCGAGAGGCAGGCGGAGGUUUUACUUCUUUUGACUUUGGAGCGGUGGCGCGAAGUAUCGGUAUUGUAUUCCCCACCGGGAGCCCCGGGAAAACCCUUCCAUGGAACUCAACUUUUACUCCCAAACAGGAAGAAAAAGUUCGAGGUUAGGUAUGGGGGAGUAGAUUAGAGAGAGAAAGAAAGGGAAAAAUCAAACAUAUCCUGUUAAAACACGUCGCAUUUGCAAAAAAAACUGAUUAACGGAUGAGAAUUCGAGGAGAAGUAAGCGUCUAUGAUAUCAUUCGAAAACUCCAGCAUGGAUAUCAGAUAUCGUAUCCUGGGAAGUGGGUUUCGCUUUAUGGGUUCCAAAUCUCUGUAGCAGGGAUUUUGGGUGUUUCUGGUUUGAUCUUGGCUAUACGAGAUGGUAAGACUGGAAACUUUCCCAGCUUACAGUGGUGGGUUGAGAGGAAGGAUAGUUCUGAGAAACCAUGCUUUGUAGCUGGUUUGAGAAAUCUUGGCAAUAAUUGCUUUCUGAAUGUGAUUUUACAGGCACUGGCUAGUUGCCCCUCAUUCGUUAUUUAUCUCCAGAAAGUAAUUGAGGAAGAUGAAUUGUUUGAGAAACGGCUUGAAAGCUUGCCUCUUACUGUUGCUUUGGUUGCUUUGUUGGAAGAGCUUGGCAUCCUCCAGGACAGAAAGACGGUUUUGAGUCCACGGCAAGUGAUGCUUGGAAUGGAUCUCUAUAUUCCUAAUUUUAAUUUAACAAGCCAGCAGGAUGCAGCUGAAGCCUUCCUUCAUCUUCUGUCUUCUUUAAGAGGGGAGUUCUUGGAAUGCUAUGUUCCACAUUGCGGCUCUCUAGCAGAUGCCUUGGUUUCUUCUCUUCGCAGGGUUCCCACCUCAAGAAGUAGGGAAGGCCAGAAUGAGUGGGAAAGAUGGCAGCAGCAUUUUCUUGGACCAUUUGAUGGGAUUCUUGGGAGUGUUUUAACUUGUAAAAGUUGUUCAUCUCAGAUCUCAAUGGUUUUUGAGUUUUUCCAUAGCUUGCCUCUCUCACCACCGCUGGAUCAUAGCGCAACCAUUAUUGAUGGUUGUACCGUGGAGGAUUGCCUAAAGCAGUUCACUGUUGCUGAGUACAUAGAGAAUUACCGUUGCAACCGGUGUUGGCAUAUUGCUGCUCUGAAAUAUUUAUCAGCUAUAGGACGAAGUGAGGCACAGGUGGAAAAACUUAGCUGCUGUAUGGGACAAGAUUCUUGUGACUGCAGAAAGCUCUUUCCUCAGGAUGCAUUACCAUGGUCAAAUGAAUUUUCACAUAGUUUCAAGCAAUUAAGUAUUGCUCGUUGUCCACAGAUUCUAUGCAUUCAUCUCCAACGUGCUUCAGUGAAUACAUUUGGAGAACUAGUCAAACUUCAGGGCCAUAUAUCAUUUCCUUUGAUCUUGGACCUCUUCCCAUUCACGAAGGAUGCUGUGGGUGUGGGUACCGAAGACCUUGAAAAAAAUACAUGCAAGAUGCAAGUGAAGCGGCCGCAUCAUCCAUCCAUCCCUCAGCUCAACUAUUUUAAAAUGCCAAUUGAUACGCGAAUAUUACAACACAUUUAUGGGCUGGCAGGAGAUGGCAUCUCUUCAGAAGCAGUAGUUGAAGAUGGAUUGGGAUGCUCUGCAGAUAAAUCACCAAGUGAUGAAUACUCUCAACCUAUUGAAAGAGAACCUGGAUUGGACUACCUUGAAGGCUGCUCAGGUCUUAAUGGCACAGGGACACAAUCGCAACCAGUUGACAAGGUUAAUUGGACUUGUCCAUCGGCACCUUCAAGGAGUUACAUGUAUCGGCUUGUUGCUGUUAUUGAGCAUUUUGGCAGAGUUGGAAGUGGGCAUUACACAGUUUAUAGAAGACUAAGGGCUGAGUCAGAUAACAUAGACACCAAUGGAUGUAUUGGGUCUGGACAUGUUUACUGGUUUGGUGUCUCUGACUCAGAAGUGUUUAGUGUUUCAGAAAAAGAUGUUCUCAGUGCAGAAGCAAGCUUGCUUUUCUAUGAGAGAAUUGAACAGCCCUAAUGGUGCCCCAACUGAUUUUAACGUGAUGGAAUUUUGCCCCGUUUUUCACUCUUGUCAACUUGAGAACUCAAAUUAUUUGCAGUUUGCAAAAAACUUGAAUUUCUCUCAUGUUUCAAGUUAUUGGAUGUAUCCUCAUUACGAUUUUUGGUUAA